UUUUAUGAUACACGGUUAAAAAAUGUCUUUCGUUCAGUUAAUGUUCAAAGCAUCACAGCUGAAAAGAUUCAAGAAUGAACUUGUGGAAGAAAAACUCGACGCCAUCAAGAUCAAGAACAAGGAAAAAAGACACUUCAGAUUUCGCCAUAUCGGAAUCAAAAUCAGAGCGAGACUGAAACGGUCUAUCAAAAGAAUCACUUACUGUUUCUGUUGCCGCAAAUUCUGUUUCAAGCUACGGCAUGAUGGGAGCUGCGAAAAUUUCGUCCUGAAGAGUUUUCUAGGCUUCAUCGCCGGUUUGGUGUUGACGUAUAUAUUCUUCAUGUUUUUCGUUUUUCAACUCAAUAUCAAAAUCACAACGGCAACGGUGGUGUGCUCCUUGCUGGGGUGUGUUUUAAUGAAUGGUUUGGCUUUCAGCUCCAAAAUAAGAUGUAUUGUGUUGCUCACGCUGCCUCACUUUUUCUCGGAAAAGGGAAGACAGGCCCUAUUGGCCUAUGCGCUAAUUCUCGUCAUUUCUGGGCCAGCCAAAAACACAUUGAACAACAUGGGAAUUCUCAGCGAAUCUUUGGCCUGUGGACAGGAGCAACUCAAAUCCGCGGUCAGACAAAUCAUUGAUGUGAUCAAGAAACCGUUCUACGCCCUCAGGGAUGCUAUAAAAAAAGUAGUGGAAACGGUCAAAAAAGUCGUGAAGAAAAUCAAAGAAAUACUCCUGAAAAUCAAGAGAAUCAUUAUGGGAAUAAUAAAAGUCAUCAAAGCCGUAUUCCAGUUUCUGGCCAAAAUCAUCAGCAUCUGCAACAAAGAGCUUGGUACCCCCUUUGAGAGAUGUUCCCGAGUGUUUGAAAACGCCAUAGCGGAUUGCAAUGCCAAAUUGGGUUCCCUCUUCUCUUGGAUGUGCUCCAUCACCUACAUAGUCAAGUCAGUGUGUUAUAUAGUCAAGCCUUUCGAUCUGGUGUGCUUGAUAGUCGACUUCAUCAACGAUUCCAUUAUUGGGGUAGUGGUCAGAAAAGUAAAAGGGUUUGUAAGACACAUUCGAACAAUGUUUUAUGUUCGCAUCAAAUUUUCCCACUCAUUCCAUUUCGAAACAAACUCCUCAAAGAGCGUUGUUGAAAUAUCUCGUGAAAUUGUACAGGAGAUCAAAGAUAGGACGAAAACUGUGACUGCUGUUUUUCAUUUUCUAACCUCUGCAGCUAUGUUGUUUUUCAUAUUCAUGAUAGUGAGAGUCACUUACUACAGAUACAAAUUUUUGACUACCAACAGUUUCGAUAACAAAUUCAUAACGAAAGACUUUCACGAGAUCGACAUGAGGAGGGUGAAAUUGAACAAAGAGACUGUCUUACCUUUGAACGACAGGGAGGCCAAAGUAUACGUUAAGAUUGGGUCUUCAAAAUUAGCGGAGAAAGAGAAGAAAAUCUUGAAAAAAGCCAUCACAAAGUUGGCCGUGAUAAAUGCGAAGGCCGCCAUAUACAUAGGUAUUGAUUAUGCGUUAUUUUGGAUUUUGAAUCUCAUAAAAUACUAUGGAAGGUUCCAGUCUAAAGUACAAGCACCAAAUAUUCCAACUCCUCAUAUCAGUGGAAACGGACUUCUCGCAGAUUUGUUAAAGAGCAUCGUCAAAGCAUUCCAGCCUCUUGGAAUUCAACUGGAAAUAGAUACUGUUCCGUGUUUGCCAACUCCGAUACCACCCGACUAUGACCGAUACGUUCAAAUAGCUACUUUACUCGUGCUAUGCUGGGUGUUAACUCUCCUAGAACCUUACGGAUUGAGACUGCGCAACGUUGUCAUGAGCUACUAUCACCCAACUAGAGCCAAACAGCGUUCUAUAUGGCUCUACAACCACAUCUUAAGGUCGAGGAGCUCAUUUCUGAAAUUUGCCCGGAGACAGUUGAGAAGAAAAGUGUUUGGCUCUAAAGAUAUCGAGAAAGUUACUUGCAUGGAGUUUUUGGCUGCCAAUUUCAAGUUAUUCGCGUUAUGUUACGACAAAUCUCAAGCUGCUUGUCUUUUGUGCGGUACAGUCUUCCGAGAAACAGAUUCUGUGAAGCCGAUCAGAUGUCAGACUCCUGAAUGUCCAGGAAUAUACUGUGAAAGCUGCUUUGCUGAUCUGAGAAAUCUGUGCACCGUUUGUCUUUCUCCUAUAGACUAUGGAGAUCUCUCAGAUCUCAGCGAAGAAAGAGACUCGUCAGAAGAAGAACCACCAAAAGAAACGGUUCGGAAAAAGCGAAGUUGGUGCAAAAAACGAGAUAAAAAAGUUGUGGAAAGGAAAAUAUCUAAACACUCUGCAUAUGAAGGAAUCUUAGGCAAAACUGAAACGAAGUCCAGUUGGUCGUUUCCUAAAAUCUGCACCAAAGCAGAGAAAUCAUGCGAUGAUUCAGAUUCCCACCGGUCGUCUCCGAUUCAAAAACAAUCCAAGAGCGUCAAAUCAAUUCCCUCUGCCGACAGCAAAACAUCUUGGUCUCUUUUCAAAACUUGCUCGAAGACACUGAAAUGCAAUUCAGAGCCUCUGCUUGAAGUUGAAGAUAUAAGAAAAGCCAAGAAAAAGAAAUAUUACGAGAAACCACACGAAGGACCCUCUUCUAGCGAAGAGAGCGAAAACGUUGGACUACUGUCUGGUUCUGAACCCAUCGAUUCUGACUAUCACACAACCACUGCCAGCACAACUGACCCAGAACCUUCAACAGAUUACUCCUAUUCAUACCAGUACGAUAAAGACCAUCAGGAGAUUCCUCCUCUGGUGGAAAUACCUUUCAGAGAUGUGGAAAAACAAGCUGGGCACGACUAUGCUGGGAUGGAUAGUUUCAGGGAAGAGGAUGAUGAAGAUUUUCCUCUUCCAGAUGACGAAAUACUGAAGGAGAUUCGCCCAUCGAUUGGAACUGCUAUUUCUGGUACUACUUUCGAUAAGAUCAAGAUGGAGAGGCGUGUUGAUUUCACAGGAAUUGAACACGCAGAUGUUCAUGAAAGAAAAUACAAGAAGAAAAGAAAGAAAAAGAGACACUCGAGGCCACUCCCAGAAUCGAUAUUGUGCCACUGCUCAGAUACCGAUGAUGAAGAAGGAAUUCAUUACUUGGAAGAAACGUCUCUUAUAACUUUACCAAAAAUGAUUCGAACAGAAGAUUAUUACUCAGAAAAUUUAGGGUUUUGUACUUGCAAACAUCAAGAACAUUCAUCUUCUAGCGAAUAUCUGUCUUCGUCCAGUGAGAUAUCUUUAAUGAAAAAUUUCACAGAUUGGAACUCUACUGAAAGUGAAAUUUCACCUAAUUUCAGUGGAGAAUGUAUAGAAUUGAAAAGGAUGCGGAAAAGGGAGGAAACAAAAAGAGAUGAAACAAUGGAAAUUGUUAGAAAACCCAGUAGACUGAAGAUGUUGGUCAAAAGAGUCAUACCGAAGUUUAAAGUCUAUAGAGAAAAAUAGGCACACAAUUUUUGUACAGCGGCAAAUAUUUCUUCCAUUACAAGAAAAACUACCAACUCAGAAUCGCCCGCAGAAGAUUAUUGGAGAAAAAUAUCGAACUUUAGCAAUGGCAGAUGUUUCUGGUUUUGCAGUAUUUAGAUAAGAAAAAUGCAGUGUUGUUCUUUAAUUAUUACCACAAUAUAUUCUAUUUUCCUUUAUUUAUAACUGAA